AUGCCAUUUGAUACAAAAUCAAUUUUUCCAGAUUUCAUAGUGUUCCCAUCAGCAAUUUCAACCAUUGCUAUUGGAUUAUGGAGUGUCCAAGCAUACAAAUUAGGUGAAGCUCGUAAAAGAUAUAAUGUAAAAGCACCACAUGUACAAGGCGACCCAGAAUUCGAGAGAAUUGCACACGAAUAUCAAAAUACCUCAGAAGCAUUGGGUGCCAUUAUUCCAGCAACAUUUAUGUUUUCAUAUUACAUUUCACCAAAAUGUUCAUUGUUAUUGGGUGGAACUUGGUUAGUAAGUAAAAUGUUAAACUGUUGUUCAUACUGUUGCAAAAAGGAAAAAGAAAAUGAUUGUGCAAAAAAUGUUCACACUUGCUUAUCCCAUAUCUCAUUCUUUGCAUUAUUGGGUGGUUCUGCAUUUGGUAUUGGUUCAUCUCUCUAUAACAGAUAUAAAUUAUAA